AAACCUGACCGAGUGCGAGCAAGAGAGAGAGAGGAGAGAGAAUGGGGCACUCUAUCCACAACCAUCUCCACAGCAGCCACCACCACCAAGCGGUAGACGGACUAGUAAACCUCUUCACCAAGGCCAACCACGACCUCACUGUGGUCCAACACAAACUCGAAAAGGAGUUCCAGCAGAUCUACCCUGACCACGCGAAUCCGAUGAAGCUGGUUUCUCGGAUAAAAAAAGUGCAGGAGGAUUUGUCGGCGUUGCAAGAGCAGUGCCGCGAGCUACUCGCCGCCAAGCAGGAUUUGAUUGACAAGGCCAGGACAACUUUAGUUGGGAAUAUAUCAUCACUGCAGCGGUUGCAAGCAUCCACUGGUGUUGCUGUCACUAGUGAUUCUCAGGACCCUGCUUACACUAACUUCAACAAGAUCAUAGAUGAGUGGACUGCGCAAUUGAGAUCAAGAAAAGGGGAUGUGACCGAGGACUCAAGCUCUGAGGAUGUCAACCAGCUCCUCUUCUCGGCAAUUGUUCAAGGCAACUAAUGAAAAGGGCACAGCAAUAUAGCUGGAUAUACGUUUUCAUUUAGGUAGCAUGACGGGGUGUCGUAGCUCUUGUACUGAUUUCUUUUUUCCCAUUGAUUUAGUGGAAAAGAUACUAUGAUUUGUUAUCACAUUAUCCAGCCCACCGAAAGCCGAUGUUGGUAUAUGUUUGUUUGAGCAAAACCUAGACGACUAUGGAUGUGUUACGAUGUUAGAUUGAUAGAAGAAAAAGAACAGGUGAGGAAUACAUAAAUUGAAUUCAUGGGGUAUAUAUCUAGCCGUAUUUUGCCAACUA